UGUACGUUUGUUUACAUCAGCAAUGAAAACAUGCUUAAAAAUGAAAAGCAGUUCAAAACAGAAGUGAGCUGUUACAGAAAUCUGAUAUACAGAGAAUACAGUGCUAGAUUUAACCGUAGAUAUAGUUUACACGCUUUGAAAUGCUUAUGUUUACAAGCAAAUUAUAAAUACAAGAAAGUAUGGGAGAAAACAAGUUCCAAAAAUAUCACAAGUGAAUAUGGAAGAAUCUAUUUUGACAACUACACAAAUGUUUAUGGAGGAUAUGGUAAAGGAAACAAACCAAAACAUCUUUAUUCCUUGACGUCCCACAAAAUAGAGAAUGCCCUGACAUGUACAGCUAGAACGGAAGAAAUUGGAUUAGCACAUAAUGGAGAAAAAGACUGUCUGAUAUGUGUUACCAAAGAUAACAAAGAGCUUAUGAGAGUACACCUAACCUCAGGGAAAAUCUUGCAACAGAUAUAUCUAUCUCCAGUGUAUAAAUUUAGGGACAUCUCCUGGAAUGAAUCCCAGUCCUCUAUAGUAAUCAGAUCUACAAAGUCACAUGGCAGUCAUAGACAGACAGACAUAGUGAAAGUGUUGGCAGUAUUUGAUGUGAAGCCUCUCCAGUUUGUUGGAAUGAUGGAAAUAAAGAAAAAGGAGUUUGGUACUAAUACAGUAGAUGCAGGACUUUGCCAGGGAGUACUGAUCACAAUGCAUCAACAGUCUGUGGUAAAAAUGUACAGCUUCCAACAUGUCUUGGAUAUGUACAAAACUGGUACAUACAAGUUGGAUGAUGUCAUAGAUGAUGACGGUCACAGAUUAGGACAUAGACCUAUAGGGUUAAAGUUCAACAUUCAAAUAAAAGAAUGUCCUCCAGUUCUGUUUUCAGUUUCUUGUUAUGAUCAAAUAGUAGAGUUCAGCAACAAACCAUUUCAUUACCUGUAUUCACCUGUUAAAACACCUGAGUACUUUGAAGUUCAUUCCUUAGAAAAUAAAUCUUUGAUAGAAAAUGGCAGAUUACAGACAGGGAUUUUAGACUAUGCAAAUGAUCGUUAUCGAGCCACAUUCUGGGAUGAUGAUUCAGGAAGAGUUUUACACAUAGCUACCUCAGUUGUCAGUUUUUAUGACCUCACCAUGGUGCCAUCACAGGAAAAUGGGAAAAGAAUACUCAAGAAAAGUUUUGAAAUGAACUUGUCAAAAGAAAAAUCAAAGGAAGAAUUUCCCUUUACAUCAACAGGAAGGAAAGUUAGUAAGCCAAAGCGUCAAGAUAGUGUAAAUACUGUUUCAAAUAUGACAAUAUACAAUGUUGAUUAUGAGGAUGAGCUUGACAUAAUAUGUGUUACAGCAGUAUAUGAUUGCUCCGAUGAACCAAAAGGAGUCGUUUGUUUCUAUGACAACAAAACUGGAACUCUUCUUAAAGAAAUAGAUAUUGAAGAGCCAUCCUCUGAGAUUAAUGAACACAGGACUUUGAUAGAUCUUGACACAAUCAUACAGAUAAACAAACUAUGGUCUGGUACCUUCCAUUGUAAUGUGUAUAGACUGACUAGUGAUGAAUCAGACAAACAGGAAGUAAAUAACAAACCAGGAAGAAAAAUAUCUAGAACAUAUCAUAGAACAAGAAAUAGAUGAAUGUACACACCAGAAAGUUUUAUAAUUUUUAUUGCUUUAGAAUCAGUGAUUGUUA